CAAUUGUCACCCAAAGUCACAUUCACACCCGUCACUUGCUCUGUUUUGCUCUGUUUCCCCUGUUCUCGCCGCUUCACUCUUUCCCUCUCUCUUUCUCUCUCUCCUCCAAUUCCUCCACAAACACUUGUCUGGGACUUCAACUGAAUCAAACUCAGUUAAUCUUCAACUGGGCUUUGCCUAAUUUCGUCAUUUGCUCAUCCGAAAAGACAGGAAAAAAGAAACCAGAAAAACCAAAAUAAAGAAAAUGGUUCAGGGGAUUGGUUCUGAUGGGAUUUUCAGGUGGAACGAUGAUUUUGAUGGCGGUGGUGGGUUUAGUGACGCUUCUGGUGCUUCUGAGCAGUCUCAGAAUUCGGAGUCUUUGAAGCGUGAUAUUAGUUCUGCGUUUGCUUAUGAGCAUAAUAUCUCAGAAGCUGCAAACAAGAGGCUCAAGCAAGCUCCCAUUGAUUCUAAUGAAAAGGCUCAACUGGCUCAAAUUCUCCUAAGCUUACGUCCUCUUGGUUUGAAUCUUGGGAAGACACCCUCUUUUCUAGACUUAACAGAAAUGAUUGUGCCCCAGAAAAAUACGAAUAUUCGAGCACCCGAAAUUAAUCAUAAUGCGUUUCAAUUAAUGUCUGAGAAGGAAAAACUGAAGGCUUCUAACUUCGGUGCAGCAUUACUCAGAAUUGGUUCAUGGCAGAGAGUAACUCAACAUGAAGGUGAUCUGGUGGCCAAAUGUUACUAUGCUAAGCGAAAACUGGUGUGGGAAAUCUUAGAUCAAGGUUUGAAGAGCAAGAUUGAAGUGCAGUGGUCUGAUAUUUUAUCAAUGAGAGCUGUUAUUGAAGAAAAUCAGCCUGGAAUUCUAGAAAUUGAGUUAAGCCAGCCACCUUCUUUCCACCGGGAAUCGAAUCCGCUGCCAAGAAAGCAUACCAUGUGGAAUGUGGCAUCAGAUUUCACCAACGGUGAAGCUCUCAUUCACAGGAGGCAUUAUGUUCAAUUUGCCCCAGGUGUUCUUGACAAACACUAUGAGAAGCUCAUACAAUGCGAAAUCCGGUUUUUCGAACUGAGCCAAAAACCUUUCCCAAGUCGAAGAUCUCCCUACUUUCAGUCAGACUUCAAUGAUGGAAUUGCAGAAUUUUCUUUCAAUUUUGAUGGACAUGGGCCAGAAAUCCCCUCCAAUUUACAGUUAACCUUUUCACCAUGUGUCCAGACACGUUUGGAUCCUUCUCAACAAAUUCAAAGAUAUGAACAAGCCAAACCAUCUCUUAGGAUCAAGGAUUCGACUUCACCAAUAUCAGUUAUGGAUUUUUCUUCGACUUUAGAUGAGGUAAACAGCAACCAAGCUGUUGAAAAUCCACAUAUGCCAUACUGGGAUCAAGGAAGAAACACAGCAACGACCUACUUUGCAGAGUUUUUCGGAGGAGAGCAACUUCCAGGAUUGGUUUCUGUUGCUGCAGCACCCCAAAUGAAUCCAAACAUUUCCUUCCAAAACUUUAAUGCAUAUGAGCAAGCAUUGGAACGCGCUAAUCUAGAGUCUCAAAUGCUCGCUUCCAUUGAAAACAAGUUGUUGCUUGAGUCACAAGCUGAGUUUAGUGAUAAACAAUUCAUGAUACAGGCCAACUCACUAAUUGGAUUCUCAGAGCAAGUGAAUUCUGCAGUUGGAACUGGUUCAAGGCAAACAAACUAUGGACAACAAAUGACUGGUAACGGAAACUUGGUUCCCAGUGCAACUGUUAAUGUACUCCAGCCUCAUCCAAAGAGCUGGGUGCUGCCACCACCUCAACCAGCCAGCUGGGGGGUGCCGCCACAAGGUUCUGCCGAGAACUCAGAGAUACAUAUGGCUGGGAACAACUCACUGCAUUCACCUUUCUCUCAAAAUCAAAGGAUGGAAGAAUUCAAUAAUUUGGCAAACCGCUGGAAUCCACAAAGAUGACCUGGGAUAAGUGUAUAUUGGCUCAGUUUCAUCCCUUUGGUUAGGUUAGUAUUAUUUUUGUGGAUAUCCUUGUAGAGAGGGAUUAUAUAGUCUUGAUCCCCUGUUUGUUUGGUUGGUUAGUGAUUGCUUAGCAUUUUUCCUUUUUAA